UUUUGCGCAGUGUCUAUGAGCCGAGUCAGGGAAGUACCAGAAACGCGUAAAGAUGUUGUCACGACAAAAACUCGUAUUGCUCGCAAAGAGCUGCCGAUCGCUAAGUACCUCCAGCCAGCUUAGGUCCAAGCAAGCUUAUAAGUUUGUGGUUGUGGGCGGUGGGGCUGGCGGUCUCGCUAUUGCACACUCUUUGUGUCGGAAAUUUGGCCAGGGGUUUACCGCCGUUGUGGAACCGUCUGAGGUACAUUACUAUCAACCGUUAUGGACACUAGUUGGUGGAGGAAUAAAGCCGCUGGAAGAGUCCGCCAAACCAAUGACAGAUGUCAUGCCAAAGAUCUGCAAAUGGUUCAAGACCAGAGGAAAGGAGUUCCAGCCUGAUAAAAACUUGGUUAUACUAGAGGAUGGAACUGAGCUAAGCUACGAGUUUCUCAUUAUUGCUGUUGGACUGCAGCUAAGAUUUGAUAUGGUAAAAAACCUCCCAGAAGCGCUCGGCACUCCGGGAAUUGGCUCAAAUUACUCAGCAGCAACUGUGAUGGACACAUGGAAAAACCUACAGAGCUUUCAAGGGGGGAACGCAAUAUUCACUGUUCCUAACACUCCUAUCAAAUGCCUUGGCGCACCACAGAAAAUUAUGUACAUCACAGAGGAUUAUCUUAGACAGACACCAGCCAUCAGGAAUAAAUCCAAUAUCAUGUUCAACACAGCUCUUGGAAGAAUCUUUGGAGUGAAGAAGUAUGCAGAUGUCCUGACAAAGAUUGUAGAAGACAGGGGUAUUCAUCUGAACUUUUAUCAUAACCUCGUGGAGGUGAAUCCAGACACAAAAGAAGCUAUCUUUGAGAUAAUAGAUCCUGAAGCAGACACAAGCAAGGAGAGAAAUCGUUUGUCUUAUAAGUAUGAUCUCCUUCAUGUUACCCCUCCCAUGAGCCCGCCGGAGUGCCUGAGAGGAAGCCCAGUUUCAGAUGAAAGAGGAUACGUCGAUGUGAACAAAAUUACUACGCAGCAUAAAACUUAUGAGAAUAUCUUUGGUAUUGGUGACUGCACAAAUUCCCCUAAUGGCAAGACUGCUGCAGCUGUAGCGGGGCAGUCUGGUGUGCUGAAAGCAAAUCUGUACAGCCUGAUGGAAGGCAAGCCAAUGAGGGCGGCGUAUGAUGGGUACACAUCAUGUCCUUUAGUAACUGGAUAUGGUAGACUAGUCCUGGCAGAGUUUGACUUUGAAGGGAACCCUCUGGAGACUUUCCCCUUUGACCAAGGAAAGGAAAGAUCUUCCAUGUACUAUAUGAAGAAAGACAUCCUCCCUGAAGUAUACUGGAAUGCACUCAUCAAGGGACUGUGGCCGGGUGUUGGUACUGUGAGGAAGGCCCUUCACCUGGGGCUUAAAAAAUGAAGGAUGGACUGUUUAAUGGCUGUCUGACUAUGCUAAUUAUUUGCCCAAAAUAUUUUUGUAAGAUAAUCACCAUAUGCAUUAAGAAUUUACAGCUCACAAGAAUGAAAAGACAGUUCAUUUGAUCUUAAAGCGGCAGCGUCAUGGUACUGCUCAUGUCUGGAGUCAGUGUUUAUUGUAGGCGUUUAGUUAUCUACAAACAGUUGAACUUUAAGCUGUCGAUGCCUUGUUAAAAUAAUAUGCAAUAUUUGAUUGAAAAUUAUGUUUAUUGACAGUUUGUGGUCAUUUCCUUUGAAUUUAAGUCUCCCACAUCUACCAAAGGCUCAUAAGUCAAUAUUAGAAUUUGACUGAAAUUCAUUGUCUGGGCCAGAGAGCUAUUGCAAAGCUCUUACCAUGACACUGCCCCUUUAAGUUACAUUAUAAAUUAUGCAUUAUAUAGUCCAUGCUCGAGGAUCCAGCGUACUUUGCAUGCACUUCCAAAGGUCACUACCACAGAAUUGCUGUUGGAAAAUUUUCCUAGUAAGACCAGUUCUGGGGGCGUGACACGUCGGAAGCUUAGGCCAACUUCAAACUGACAGCCGAUGAAAUCAAAAUUGUUCUCACGGAAUUAAAUACAAUUUCUUUCUUGAGAUACCAAAAUGGAAUGUCAGAAAUGUUUUUUUUUUCGGUCAGUACACACUAAAUCGUUGUCUUGUUCUUGAUUAAAGUUUGAACUUUUUGGGAAAAAACAUUGGAAGCUGAGCAAAAACAUCACUCUUUUUCAUUAAACACGACUUUAUCACAAGCAGUUGUUCUGGCUUCAGAGUUUUUUUUCCAAAACAAAGUAACUUGAUCCAUCAAACAGGCAAAGCAUUUGUCAGCAAUGCGAGCGUUGUUAAUUAGGAUUUACAAGUAAACACUGCUGUGCUGUUUUGGGCCUUUUUUCGCACCUAAAAAACUGCCAUAUCACAGCACAGCAGCUCCCAGCAUUUUGGAACUCAAAAUUGUUAUAAACUUUUCCAGCGGCUCUUCUGCGGUAGUGACCUUUGGGAGUGCCCGCAAAGUCUGCUGGAUCUUUGAGCAUGUAUUAAGUUCCUAUGUUCAGAGAUUUGGCAAUCCAUUUACUGAUUGUCUGCCUGGAUCUUCAAAAGAAUUCUGGGUUUUGAAAUAAUGCCUUCACUUGUUUACCAUCAGGAAGUUUUUUUUAACUUAAAAAAAAAUUUUGAUUGUUUUUGCUUUCACUUCUUGGAUAUACAGUUAUUUAAAAGGGAUGAGCCACCCACUUGGCUACACCCCUGAUUAAUUCAUGAAUCUACCCUUUAGCCCACUUAUAUUUAGAUUGCAGAAAACUUAAAUAUUUUUGUACUGUAGUUUUUAGCCCAAUUAUUUACAUUGAAUGGGGUAAGGGACAACAAAUGUUGAGAUAAACUGGGACAAAUUGUAGUAUGAAUUAAAAAAAUGUAUCUUUU